AUGUAUCGUCACAUCCUCCAGAAACCAGCGAAUGGUCAGCGACAGUCGUUAUUUCCAACCAACACUGCGGAGAACGCCGCGGUUCCCGCCGCCGGUUUGUUCAGAACUGUUCUGCUACCGCCUCUGGAGACAGAGAAGACCACCACUAGCAUCACAAAUGCCUCGGUCACCAAGGCAACAGCAACAGUAACGGAGCCUACUGGUCAUGAGGGUGGCAGGAGGAGGAGGAGUGCGACUGGAAAGUCGGAAAACAUGCCGGAAGAACAGUCAGAAAAGAGUGAUUUCAAGACCUGGAACUUUGAUACGAGGCAGCAGAACGUUGAGAGUUUUGUCCAGGAACUCAGGCGCUGGCGAGGCUCUGACAAAUGGCAGAUGGUAUGUGCGGAUAACUGAGCAGACCCCCUGAAAGCUUAAUAAAUUAGGAGAGAAGGUUAAAGGUAACAACAGUAUUUAUUUGUAAUAUCAGCAAUUCGAGGUAAUUUUCCCGUCCUGGAGCAAAUUUUUGAAGCAUAAGUCUGGAAAGUUAAGAAAACUUGGCAACUUUCACGAAGUGGCAAACUGAAACGUGAAUCCUCAUUUUCAUAGUUUUUCUACGACAGACCUUGUUUUUUGUUUGUUGAGUUUCCAACAUGGCUUCAGGAUGCGAUUUUAGAAUUUGCAUCGUUAACCGUAAAUUAACAUGAGAAAAUAACAAAAUCUAUUUAUUCUUUCCUUUUGGCUAUGGUUUAUACUCGAAUAUAAGGAUGAGGCUAAUUCAUCUCUCGAUAAGGAGGACACAAAGACCGAUUUGGAACACUUCACGGAGUUACCAAGGGAAACUACGCUGACGAAAAAAUUAAGGCGCAAGAAUGCAAUUAGUAAUAUCGAAAAGAAACUUCUUAACCAGAAAAUUGCGUUAAGACGACUUCAGACAUCACAUUUUCAGGCGCCCUUUGGGGAGUUUUCGGUACGUUCUACAAAUCUUCA